AUGGGGGAGAAGUAUUCCUGUUCUGAAUGCGGGAAAUGUUUUUCAUGUAAGUUCUAUCUAUACACACAUCAGAGAUGUCACAGGGGGGAACAGCCAUAUCCCUGUUCGAAGUGCAGGAAAUGUUUUUCACAGAAGUCCAGUUUGCACAUACAUCAGAGAUCUCACAUGGGGGAGAAGCCAAUUUCCUGUCCUGAGUGCGGGAAAUGUUUUUCAGAUAAGCCAAGUCUUUACGCACAUCAGAGAUUUUUACCUAGGGUAGAAGCCAUAUGCCUGUCCUAAGUGCAGGAAAUACUUCUCAGUGAAGUACAAUCUUUACAUACA